GUUCGUCUGUUGACUCCGUUUGAUAUGGGCGGAAUUGUUUAAUUGUUGUGCUCUGCUCUACUAUUACUAUUGACAGGUUAAGAUGUCAAGCUAUAAACAUAAGUCUGGAGCUUUGAAAAGAAAGCUCCAGAAAGAAAAAUUAGAACAAUCUGCUAAAGGUCGCCAGGAUAUUAAGAAGUUUUUUAAGAGUAAUGAAAAAGAAGAGUUGCAAGAAUUUCAACCGGAUUUCAAUCCAGAACCUACAUCAGCCUCACAGACCCAACCUUCUUCAGCUUCAAUCCAAAAUGCUUCUACGUCUACUGUAUGUGAGGGAAGUAAUGACGAAUGUGCUAGUGCUGAUCCAAAUCUUAGUAAGGAUACUGUCGAUGACAAUAAAACUUUUAAUUUUGACGAUCCUAAUACGUGGCCUGCGGUGAUGAGUGAUAAAAUACGGCAGGAAAUAGUAUUGUGCUACGGUGGUUUUCAAGCUUUUCAGGCCAGAUCAAAAUCAUUUCCAGCUGACCCCUCAGGAAAACAUUUCCAUGAAACAUUGUUGUACAUGAAAACAGACAACAGAACAUGUAAAGCAAUUCCACGUGAAUGGUUAAUGUGGAGUGAAACAAAAAACAGCAUUCAUUGUUUACCCUGUAGCAUUUUCCAUUCAAACCAAAACAAAAGUAAACUUGCAAAAGAAGGUUUUUUCCCUGAAAAACAACAAUACAAACGAUUAUACAGGUUACUUUCGAUGCAUGAAAGAAGCUCUGAGCACAGAAAACACUACCUAGAAUGGAAAAGUCUUCAGAUAUCAUUGAAAGGACAUGGUGUCAUUGAAAUGAUUUUAGUGAAAAGAAAGCUAGGAAAUCUAUGAUUAAAUAGACUAUCAAACAUCAAAGUAAGCGUUUUCUUGUCAGUGUAUUAAACACUUAAAAAACAUUUUAAUUGUUUAGCUCCUAACUUUCUUAUAAUCUCAUUCUUAGUAUUUUGUCAACUUGAAUUUUAUUCUUGGUCAGUAAGGGAAAUCAAUCUCAAAAUGGAAAUGUACUGUACUUUCAG